AUGUCCCGCUCGUCUGCUUCUCUCUUCAACAUUAUUGCCUCUCCGGCGGUGACUCGCAUCGCUCGCUUUAUCCUCUCAAGCAAUGAGAAUCAAUUUAUCCAUUUUUUCUCGGCGUUGUAUCCGGCUGGAGCUCCCCAUACAGUCAUCGCAAGAUCUGUCGACGGGUCUCACUACGUCAUCGACAUGAAGGCCCGAAAGAUCCACAAUACGUUUGGCCGCAAAGAAUUCCUUGCUGCCACAAACACCAACACCAAGCUUUGGUGCAGCAUCGACCCGGCGAAAAAUGCCAUCUUCAUCCGCGACUGGGAGGCCCCCAAGCUACUAAUAUACCAAGAAUUCACUGACAGAGUUCCUGUCUCGAUAGCUUUGUCCAAGGACUAUGUGGCUAUCGUCAGCGUGCCGUACAAUAGAAAGCACCGCGGCAAGGAUGGAAUCUCCGCUGAGCAAAUCCAUGCGCUUCCUGAUGCAGCUACCUCCUUAGACAACGUUGAAACAAGCUCAGUUGCUGGCUCCUUCACUAGCGAUGGCCAGUCACUGGCCAACUUCACCGGCCACAUUGCGAGCGUCGACGUUGCGUACGCUCUGACAAAGGAAGGGGCCCGCAAGGGGCUGCCUGAUUUGGUCAAUCGGCCGGGUGUUGAAAAGAGUACAGAGUCAGGUCUCCUCAAUUUCACGAUCAGUAUAUAUCGGUUUAGGAAGCUAGAAAGUAAAGAUGCACACACCAAGUAUGCCGGGCAGGUGGUCUCUAAGUGUGAACUAGUGCGCCAAUCACACUUAGACUUCGCUGCAUCUGGCAUUAUAUCGACGGCGUUCGACCAUGCAGACAGCUCACAGCUCUACAUUGCACUGCAGAGUGACGAGCUAAUUACUCUCGACACCACAACAAACGAACUGUAUCGCGAGACGACCGAUGGAUACCCUUGGGAAGUUUUGUCCGCAGGAUACGGCAAGGAGUACAGCAUCCGUGUCCCUGUGGCUGGAAGGCGCACACAAGCCAUGAAACUUUCAGUGCCCAUAAGCUGCUAUGGCACAUACGUGGUAAGUUCAAACCGCGAGUCGUCCACUUUAUACAAAAAUGGAGAGCCUAUCAUUGAGGGAUUCCCACCAGCGACCUGUGUGUCGCCAGACUCUGCCUUUGUGUGGUUCUACCUCAACGGAGUCUUCUACGAGCUGGAUCUUCACAAGCUCGCUGAGAUGAAAGAGACAAUCCAAAUUAAGUGCCUAUAG